AUGAGAUUUACUUCAACCUCCAAGAAAGACCCUAGCUCAGCGACAUUUGAUGAGGAGCCAAAAUCGACUUGCGGUGUCAACACAAUGAGCCAUGUUGUGAAGAGGAAAAUCCAAAAGAUUAAGCCCAUGGUUGAGUACAAUAAAAGGGGCAGACCAUAUGGCAAGGCUGCUGUUGAGAUGCAAUCUUACAUUGGUGUUUUGGCAUGCACCAGAGUCCCUCUUGUGGACAAGAAAUAG